AUGUAUAAUGCUGGCAAUAAACCCUUGCCCACCCAAAAUUUGAAUACAGAGCAGAACAUAAAUGAAGUUGAACCCAAAAAUCGACGAAUAACUCAGUUCCUGCGAACUGCUUUUGCUGAUGCCUGCUCAGACCUUCCUCCUCCUAGUGACGGUGCGUUGAAUCACUUCAGCCAUCGUCAUCCUUUGCUUCGACUGCACUUUCGAGCCAAAGAAGGAAUCCGAUGCAAUUUUUGUGAUAUCUUAAUCUCUGGUCUAGGUUAUGGUUGCGAUAAUUGUGAUUAUUACCUUCAUGACGUGUGUAGUAAUUUCCCUAGAGAAAUUCGCCAUGAUUUUCAUCCCGGAUAUAACCACUCUCUUAUUCUCCGACCCUUUAAAGCUGCCCGCCCAGAACAAUUUCUUUGUAGGGCUUGUGGACUUGAGGAUUCUAAGGAUCAUUCUCUGUUCCAAUCAUACUAUUGCUGUGAAUCUUGCAACUUCAGUAUUCACGUUGAAUGUGCUUCUAUACCCAUAACCUUGAACAAAAAAGUGAAAUACCCACUUCAUCUGUUCGUUUCUUUCCCAAUAACAAGUGAGGCUGCUACUCUCUUUUGCUCAAUUUGUACUGAAGAAGUUCCUACUUCGGGCUUCUGGGUAUUUUACAACCAUGAUCAUGAUUACCUCUGUCACUUCGACUGUGCUGCUGUAACCGAAUAUGCAAGGGAGAGUGGUUCCAUGGGUAAACUUCAAAUCCGGCUUCAAACUCUGGCAACCACAAAUCGCCCUCCUAUGCUAGCAGGUCAACCGAAUGCAGUUUUCACGCAUUUCUCUCACCGCCAUGCUCUCAAGGAAUAUAAGUCGGACAAGGCCAUAAAUUGCAGCAUGUGCGGCAUCGAGUUUUCGACAGGGUACUUUUGUAGUGGUUGCAAUUACUUUAUCGACAAGAUUUGCUUCUCCAUUCCAUCCAUGAUACAGCAUGUGUCUCAUCUCCAACACCCUCUCAAGUUAACUUGCUACUUAGAUUUUCAAAAUGAGAAUAUCAAUUGCCCAGGCUGCGAUGCUGAUUUCAAAUACUAUGGCAGGGCGUACUAUUGCACCCAAUGUAAAUUCAUUAUUAAUCGUCAUUGUGCUUCAGCUCCCAGGACCUUGACCUUGGGGGAUAAUGUCUCUUACGAGCUCUUCGAUUCAUUCCCGUUCAAACAUGAGAAGGCAAAGAUUAAAUGCAACAUUUGUUCCAAGAACGUGGUGCCGAAAGGCAAAAUGUUAUACUAUAGUCUGGAGCGUGAUGAAGCUUUGCAUGUUGUUUGUGCUAUCGGAAAAGAAUCUGGCAACAAUGAGGCAAACCAUGACAGGUUAUCAAUUCAACGCUUAAACGAAGUGAGGAUAGCUGAGUAAACCCAACUUAGUUCCUCCGCAAGACGGGAAGUUUCGCAAAGUUGCAGUAUGUAGGUGUUUGUUUUUGGCUGUGUGUUAUGGCUUAGUGUGUUUUGUUUCUUAACUUUUUGUCCUUUUUGUUUUCGGCUGGUGUUCUUGUUUCUGCUAUGUGAUUUUAGUAAUGUGUCUGUUGUUUGUGUUAUCUUGGAAUGUAAACUCUGCUGCCCUUCUUAUUUUGACGGUUAAUCGUAGUUUACUCUGGAUUUUACUCU